AUGGGUUUCCCCGAUAAACCUUCUGCUCAUCUUUUGGGCGCCAAUGGCCCGGUCCAUGCCCUUGCAUACUCCGCUUCACCAGGCACCUACAUCCUCACCGGUUCAGCGGACCGAGCCAUCCGCCUCUACAACCCAUUCCCCAGCACAUCCGCCCCAGGCGACGAUCGCCACAGCAUACCACAGGGUCGCCUCAUCCAGAACUACGCUGCACAUGGCUAUGAGGUCCUGAGCCUUUCAGUUGCGGCUGAUAACGAGCGCUUUGUGUCGGCUGGUGGCGACCGCAGCGUCUUCCUCUGGGAUGUGAGCACAGCUGUUACCACCAAGCGUUUCGGCGGCAACGCUCAUGGCCAUACUUCUCGGAUCAACUGUGUGAGCUUUGCCGGUGAAGGUGAUUCCAUCAUUGUGAGUGGUGGGUUUGAUACGAGUGUCAGGCUGUGGGAUACCAAGAGCAGCAGCUUCAAGCCUAUACAAGUUUUCGACGAGGCAAGCGAUGCUAUAACUUGUCUUGCGGUUCGAGGGCCUGAAGUCCUCACAGGAAGUGUUGAUGGUCGCGUCCGCAGCUACGAUAUUCGCAUGGGACAGGUAACCACAGAUGUUAUCGGCGCGCCGGUCACCAGUCUCAGUCUCACACGCGAUGGACGCGCUAUACUAGUAGGCAGUCUGGACAACAAGCUGCGUCUCAUGGAUCGCGACAACGGCUCUUGUCUAAGGGCAUACACAGACCCAGCAUGGAAGAACGAGGACGUCAAGCUACAAGCGCUGCUGGGCGGCAAGGAGAAGUACGUCAUGGUCGGUGAUGCCAUGGCUGGUGAAGCUGCAUCUAAAGGUGAAGGAAGGAUCUGGGCUUGGGACUUAUUGACCGGAAAAUUGGCUGCCAAAGUGACCGUUCCCUGGGGGCCGCAGGGCUUUGAACUUAAGAAGAAAGCUGUUGGUCGCGACGGAAAAGAAAAGGCAAGGAGUAAUGUCGUGAGCUGCAUGGCAUGGAGGGAAGAUGGUUGGGGAGACCAGUUCUGCGUGGGUGGGACAUCAGGCGUGGUGACAGUCUACGGAGCACUGUAA